AGGCACUCUCAACUUCCUUCACACUCCCGGCCGCGAUCCUGCUGUAGUCCUCGGUCCUCCGCUCCUAGCUGCAAGCCUACGCCUACAGAUCCCUCCUCCUAACAAGCCAUGGAGACAGACGCAAGCCAUGCACCCACCACCUCUUCCUCCUCCGUCUCAUCUUCCACACUGUCCACUUCGUCCUCCACCUCCUCCCUCGCCAACAGCGCGCAACAGCUUCCCAAGAAGAGCCCCAAACCCAAAUACCCAAAGAAGCGCAAGCGAGCUGCCGCUUCGCCGCCGCCGCCGCCCGCCGCGGACCAAGAACAUGCCGCGGCCACCAACAAUGGCGCCCAGGGAGAUCAGGAGAGCAGCAGCUGCUGCACCGAAGACUUGGACAACAACGCCGCCAGCGGCAAGGCUGCGGCACGGCCAGACGCCGUGUCGAAGAGCGGGUUCAAGCACCCGUCGUACCGCGGCGUGCGGCGCCGGAGCUGGGGGAAAUGGGUGUCGGAGAUCCGCGAGCCCCGGAAGAAGUCCCGCAUCUGGCUCGGCACUUUCCCCACCGCGGAGCAGGCGGCGCGCGCCCACGACGUGGCCGCGCUCGCCAUCAAGGGCCGGGCCGCGCACCUCAACUUCCCCGACCGCGCCCACGAGCUGCCGCGGCCGGACUCCAACUCGCCCGCGGACAUCCAGGCCGCCGCCGUCAAGGCCGCCGCGCAGUGCGAGGACACGACGUCCGCGUCGUCCGUGCCUUCCUUCCCCGCCGUCGACGCGGCGUCCCCGGACACGGAAGCGGCUGCCAGUGCCGGUACGGAAGAAGCAGAACAAGAGGCGGUGCAGCAGGCGGAUCAUCACAGCUGCGGAUCAGACAAUGAUGCGUUGUUGUUCGACCUGCCCGACCUUCUUCUCGACCUCAGGGACGGGCUCUUCUGGUCGCCGGUCUGGCCGGCGGCUGCCGAGGAGUACGACGGCAGCUGCGUGGGGCUCGGUGAGCCGCUCCUGUGGACCGAGUAGCUUUCAUUUUACCGUUCUGGGCUUCGCAAAUUAGCUCUGGUACUCUCUGCCUGCUACCAGUGGUUGUAUCAUUGUGCUGUACUACAGCCGUGCUAUUGGGAAAUAUUGCUACUGAUAGUACUGCUAUUGCCCGCGAGAAUAUACUACCGCUAUUGGAAAAUUCGUUCUCGGUUGUGCUUGACUCGGCCAUGAAACUUGUAUGCCUUUCUUUAUUAUCGUGAUCAAAAGAUACGUUUACCGAUA